AUGGUUUUUGCACCCACUCAAUCAACAGAACCUGGCAAUAUCUCGAACACAGCUUCUGUUUCAACUGCUAGCACUGUUUCAAAACCGCAAGAUUCGCAAACUGGAAAAAAGCAAUCAAGUGGAACAUUGCAGUGUACUUCUCUUAAGGAUGAAGCAACGAAGGUAACGUUGAUUUGGGCUGUGAAAGUGGUUGGUUCUCACUACAGUUAUGCCUCUUGUGAUAACAUCAGGGAGAUCUUAGAUGCCAUGUUUCCUGGUAAAAUCCCCAACAACUUUACAGUGAGCUCAUCAAAGGUAUCAUACUUGAUCUCUGAAGCGACUGGGCCUUACUUCAAGAAAAUUGUGGCUGAUGAUGUGAAGAACUCAGGGUCACCGUUUACCCUACAGUAUGAUGAG